GCAAAAUUCUGAAUGGAAAAGAUGGGCUCCACUGAUUUAUUCAACCACAAUGUCAGAGUCAAACAAGAACCCUACGAUGAGUUGCUAGAUGAAUAUUAUUAUAAAAUGAUUGACAUUAAGCCUGAUGUUAAGAAUAUUCAAUUUUUGGGAGAAAAUUCAAUGCUUCAAAAACGCAACGAUAAUCAAAAAACUGAACUUGAUGAAAUCGAAAUGGAAUUCGAGUGUGUAGACGUCAAGCUCACCGUAGAUCUAUUAAUAAAUAAAAAAUCCGACGAUUAUUCUCGAAAUUAUUUGCAAAUUACGAAAUGUAGCAAUGAUUAUCAGAUUCAAAAUAAAAUUAAAAAAGAAACCGCAGACGAAGUGAAAAAAGAAGUGAAUUUGAAUUUUGAUUGUGAACUCGACGAGGAAAAUGAAAAAAGGAACGACACGGAAAAGUUAAAAGACAGCCUCAAAAUACACUCCAAAAAGUUACGUAACGGUACCACCCAUAGCUGUAAUACAUGUGGUAAGACAUUUACACGACUGGAUGUUCUCAAACGUUAUAUCAAAUCGGUACAUGACAAAAUCAUUCAUAAAUGUGUUAUUUGUGGGAAGAAAUUCUCAGACAAGUGUACUCUCAAGAAACACAUCGAUGUAGCACACAAUGGUGUCAGACAUGCUGGUAAUGUUUGCGGAAAGUAA